AUGGUGGUUAAAACCGGACUUAAUGGAACUUUUGGGGUCAGGAUGUCGUGGGAUGGUCCUCUCUCCUCUGUGAAAUUAAUCCUUCAAGGCAAGAAUUUGGAGCUGACCCCCUCUGUGAAAAGCCAUGUGGAGGAGAAAUUGGCGAGAGUAGUUCAAAAGCACAGUCACCUGGUAAGAGAAGUCGAUGUCAGGUUAUCUGCUCGCGGUGGAGAAUUUGGGAAAGGCCCCAAAUUGAGAAGAUGUGAGGUGACAAUGUUUACAAAAAAAUACGGUGUAAUCCGGGCAGAGGAGGAUGCAGAGUCCCUUUACGCCAGUAUAGAUUUGGUGUCAUCAAUAAUUAAGAGGAAAUUGAGGAAGAUAAAGGAGAAGGACACUGAUCAUGGCCGUCAUAUGAAGGGUUUUAACAGGCUCAAAUUGAAGGACCCGAGUGAACUAGAAAUUGUCGAGGAUAUUGAGGAGGAUCCUGAAGAAGAUGAUGAUGAAGAGGACGAACAAGAAGAAGAUACUGUAAUUGAGGAGAUUGUGCGAACAAAGUACUUUGAAAUGCCCCCUUUGACUGUCACUGAAGCAAUUGAGCAGCUCGAGUGUCUGGAUCAUGACUUCUAUGGUUUUCGGAAUGAGGAAACGGGUGAGGUUAAUAUAGUCUACAGAAGGAAAGCCGGUGGCUAUGGACUUAUUAUUCCCAAAGGAAAUGGAGAAACAGAGAAAGUGGAGCCAUUGGUGGUUGAUUCAGCUACAAAUUAG